GACUUGGCAGGCCGGAAAUUCACAAAGCGCGCGGAAUUUGAUCAACAAGCGAAUUUAGCAAAGGAAAGCGGGAGAUAAAAGAAGAUCCUGAUCAAAAUGUCGCCUAAAAAACCUUGAUGACGAUCUUACUUGAGGAAUGAAAAUUAAAGGACUCAAAGUGAACUAUGAGCAACGUUUCGUCUUGUGAAGAAGAGGUUUUACUCUUGUGCGGGAAAUAUGACGUAUCGAAACCAAGCGUUCACGAAGUCAUGAAAGAUGCCGAAAAUCUCAACAAGAUCUUCUCAUCCCAAGAUAUUCCUUUAACCCUCGAGUCCAGAUUGGUCACAGCAGUUGCAAAUCACCCUUGCUUCCUUCCUGAGAACCCCUUGAAUGCUGAGGUACAAGUGAAUUCUCUGCUACCCUAUCUUUCGUCUCCCUGCCGUUGGAUUCGAUCCAAGGCCUGCAGUCUGUUGAGAGUUUUCGCGUCGGGAUUAGAUCCCAAAGGACAGCACAUAAAGACCCAAGUCACAAUAAUAUGCAAGAAUCUUCAGACCACUUAUGAGGAGUCUCACGAAGAUACAAGGUUUCAUCUUUGUCAGGUUAUAGCCUGUUCUUCACUCUGUUCAAUCACCAUUUCAUGGGCAGCUCUCCUUCCUCUCGUUGCAGUAAAGUUUGUUCUCUUAUCCUUGCGAACUCUUCUGAACAUUCUGAGCAAUCAUGUCAAGUGUACAAGUGCAUUUCUUUAUCAGGUAGCCUUAGACGGCCUGGGAAAACUGCUCAAGUGUCCUGCAACAUGGAAUGUUUUGUCGAUACUAGAGAAGCAGGACACAGUUUCAGAGUAUCUACAUAUAUUACUUGACCAAUCAAAGUUAAAGGAUGACCUUGCUGAUCACAUUGUAAGGGCAAGGAUGCUUGAGGUCAUUGAUAGUGCUGAUGUGCUCCACACUAUUCUGAACUUACCAGACAAGCAAGGAGUUGGAAAAUUGCUGAAAUAUCUACUGGAAUUAUUACCUCCAAUCACCUCCUCAAGUGAUCUUCCGCUGUUGGACCUCCGAUGGAAAUCACUGAGCAUUAUUUACGCGAUGCUUCAGCUGGCUAAAACUCCAGACAUGUCACAACUGGAUGUGUUGUUCGACAGAGCGUGCUGUGACUCUGAACAAGUAAGCAGACUUCGCGCUGUGGUUCAAAGUACAUUUUACAUUCCGUGAUUUUUUUUCUCGGUCGUCUUCGAUUGACAAAGUGAAACGUGUUUUGAUGUGACUUUAAGCAAUUGAAAGAAACGAAGAGUAAAACGAGGAAUAAAAGGUUUCACAGAU